CAAUAAAGUGUCCUUUCAAUAGAGUUAUUAAACGACUAUCCAGUGCGAGAUAAAGCAAUCCGUUCCCUCGCCCCCAGCGUUGCCAGGACCUCCAUCAAGCUCCUGGAAAGGUCUUCUCAAUUACUCCACGGCGAGCGGAAGAGUGUGCGAGAGAAAUGGCCCCAAUUUAGACAGGCCCCGCAGGCUGAUCCUGAUGGUAUCAGCCCAAAGUACUCGGGACUAAUUGCAUUCGGUCAGCCUGGGCUAUAAAGCCACUCACCCAGAGCCGGUUGCGUGAGCCGGACACAGCCAAGCAUUUCCCCAGCCAUGAGCACCAAUGGUAUCGCGGCUGUGGCCGAAAGCUACCAGAAGUUCAACCCUCGGGCCUACCUGCAAAACAACUACAUGCCACCCCGUGCCAACUUCACGAGCGAAGAGUUUGCAGUGCCCUGGAAACUUCGCUGCCUGGCAGAUGCCUUUGCCACGGGGGAAAUCUGCGGCCGCACCCUUAUUGAUAUUGGCACAGGCCCCACCAUUUAUCAGCUCCUCAGUGCCUGCGACUACUUUGAGGAGAUAGUGGCCACAGACUACCUGGAAGUGAAUCGGGCCGAGAUACAGAACUGGGUGCUCGGUGAAGACUCCAGCUGCUUUGACUGGUCCCCUUACAUCCAGUAUACCUGUAAGAUUGAAGGCAAUGGGGAACCGUGGAAGGAAAAAGAGCAAAAGCUGAAGAAGAAACUCAGAAGGAUCCUUCCCAUCGAUGUCCACCAGGCCAAACCUCUAGGUUCCUCUCUCAGCCAACCAGCCGAUGCUUUGGUCUCUGCUUUCUGCCUGGAAGCCGUGAGCCCUGACCGACCGAGUUUCGACCGGGCCCUGCGGAACGUCACAACGCUUCUCAAGCCUGGUGGCCACUUCCUCAUGAUCGGGGCUUUGGAUGAGUCCUUCUAUUUGGCUGGAGAAGCCAAGCUGUCAGUCGUGCCCGUCAGCGAGGCAGAUGUCAAGGAAUCCUUCGCCAAGAGCGGCUAUCGCACCCACAACUUCCGCUCCUACGUCAUGCCGCCGAGCCUGAAGAUUGGUGUGGAUGAUGUGCAAGGGAUCUUCUUCAUCCAUGCACAGAAGACAGCCUGAUCCUAGCUCGCCUAGCAGAAACACACACACAAGGCCCUUGCGCCCUAAAACCCAGCUUAUUGCAUGCUGCUCCUGUUCUUUUCUGUAUUGCUGCUCCUGUGAUGAUAGCUGAUCCUCUGUUCUGUGAGUGCAAAUAAGUGUGUGUUCACUUCCACACCAUACAUUUAACAUGUUUAAAGCAUAUGGCUUUCCCCCCCGAACUGUAGUUUAUCCCUCACAGACCUAGAGUUCCCAGCACCCUUAACAAACUACAGUUUGCUGAAUUCUUUGGGAGGAAGCCAGAUGCUUAAAAUGUUCUCUUGCAUUGUUCACACAGAUCAAAAUGUCAGCCUGUUGUCCCCCCCCCUCACCUUUAAUCCAGAUUUCCUAUUUCUGUGGAAAAUCUAGUGCUGAAAUCUAAACAAAAAUCCUGUUGCUGACAGCCCUUUCGUGACAUCUUAAUGACCUGUUUGCAAUAUCAAGUCCCCCCCCCCCCAUUUAUUGCAAAGCGCUUGACGUUCCUUGUAAACUACUUAAGAGGUUUUACUACGGUUAAGUGGUAUAUAAAUUUUGUUAUGAAAUAAA